AUGAACGACCGGCCGCGAUUGCAACCAAUCUGGGCCAUAUCAGAACGAUUCCUCGAGAUGAUCCGGUACGCCUUCAACACCACCGGCGCCCGUAUGCGCUCACCUCGUCUACCCGCCCGAAUCUUGACCACCAGUUCGGUAUUAUGCAGCAAGGCACGCAUCAGCCAGAUCCUUCAGCAGGCACAGUCGGUUGCACCCAACAUCUACAAGACCAUGAAAGAGAAGGACCGCGAUGACAAGGCCGCUCGCCGAAACCAGCUCAUUUGGCUCGUCAAGCACUCACUCGGGAACGUUGAGGCAGCUGCUAAGGUCUCACCUCAUGAUCUGCCGUGGUCGACUAGAUGUGUGGAGAAGGUUGGCGAUGUUAAGGUGGAGGGCGGUCGACUGGAUGUGACUGUGUGGCCGCACUUGUGGUAA